AUGGGAAUUUCACGAUUGUCGCAGGAUCUUUCGCCUUACGCGGAUCACGUUGUCCUGGGCACCUCACCCCAAACCCCCCUACCGCCUGAAGCAACCAUCAUCAAAGAUCUGAUCGUCGAUGGACCUUCACUUGUAUAUUGGGUCUAUAACAGGCUUGUGGCGUAUCAGCGGCUGAACAGCCCUACAAGUGCAGCCUUGCCACCUACAUACCUCGAAAUUAACAACACACUGCACCACAUGCUGAAUGAUUUUCAAGCCCAUGGCGUCAAUAUUCAACACAUUUUCUUCGAUGGUGGUCUUCCCGCGUCCAAACGUAAGGUCCGCUUUGAGCGGAUGGAGAAGCUCCGCCAGCAACUGGAAACCUACCGCAAGCUCUACCCGGAAUUUCCACCAGUUGCUGCUUUACCCGGUCCUCUCGACUUGGAAAAGAUGCUCUGGGAUACUCCUGUCUUGUCGACGAGGAGGUCUAUUCUCCCAGCUCCACCAUUCAUGGUCGCCAGCGCGAUUGAGUCCUUAAGCACAAGUGACUGGAAGGAUCGUGUUCAUGUGGUCCCAGGUGAAGCCGACGCGUUCUGUGCUCUUGCUGCUCAGCAGUCUGUCCCGGUUGUGGCCGUCCUUACAAAUGAUUCUGACCUAUCGGUUCACGACCUUGGACCCAAUGGUAGAGUCGUGUUACUACACAGCCUUGAAAACAAGCAAAGGCGCCCACACAAGGAGUCUUAUAUCUCUGCGCUGUCUCUCGACCCGAAGCUCGUUGCAAACAGAAUGAAGGUUUCCUCCUUGCUUGGAUUCGGGUUCGAGCGAUUUCUUGACUCCGGAGCAUCAUUCGCAAUCAUUCAACAGCGCGCAAGGGAUUCCUCGAGGCUGGAGAGAUUGCAGGACGAAUAUAGGGUUUUUGCGGAACCAUUCAUCCCGACUCCGCCACUAUCAAUGCAUCCCUUUUCCCGUCUCGAAAAUAUCGAUCCUCGAACAGCAGAGAUUGUCAGCAACCUCGAGGAUCCACCACACAUCUAUCUGACUCCGCUACUGGAAGAUCCUCAACGUGAUUCUUCGUGGUCAUAUGGAGCAAAAAUCCGACAACUCGCAUAUUCUCUUCUCUUGAUGACCUCUCCGAGUAUCGCUAUGAGGAAGUCGUCGCACGUAGUUGAAAGCGCCAGAAAGGGACAGAGAAUCAUAUCCGUCUCGGUUGCAUGUUUACAACACUCCGAGAUCACUGAGCAAGCAGCAGAACUCCUCCAACUCCUGGAAGCCUACAUUUCGGGCCCCAAUUGCUCCCCCACGGUCCCCGAUGGAAGCAUGCUCCUAGAGUGGUACUCGCUUGCCGUCUAUCUCAUUCAGCAGGAGAAAUUCAGACUUGGAAAACCUCCUCCGACACUACAGCAGAUCUUGCGCCUCUUGGGCUUAGGUUCGACGCCGCAAAUUCCGCACAGAGCACCGAUGAGAGUCACCUGGGACGACAUCCACCUGCUUUCAAAUAUCCAUGCAGUGCUGUACUCUAUUCGAAUACUUUCGCAGAUAACCGAGUAUCUUGUCAAUCCUCCCGAAGAAUUUCCAGCCAGGACAACCAUUUCUGAACUCGCCCAAUGCGAUGAUAUUUCAAGACUCACAAACAAUAUCCGUCUUAAGUUAUCAGCAUUGCCUCCCAUCGAGAAGUUGUUUCUAGACAUCCCAAAUCUUCGCGCUCAAUUGAGCAAACAGGACCUCGAAAAACAGAGCUCGGAAAUCACACUUUUUAACCGCCUGCUUAAUCCUAGUUCUGGUGAUGAUCAGAUGGAUGAGCAUGACACAAGUGAUGCCGCACAAGGACGUGACUUCAAGGACGAAUAUUGGACUACCACAACAUCAAAGAAGAAAAGGAAAAGGAAAUCGGAGUGGCAGGGCAAUCCUGAAACAAUUACAGAACGGCGCAGAAAUGGGUUUGACCUGUUACCUGAAGAACCUGGGUGA